AUGCACAAGCCUUGCGUGAUAAGCCUUUUUGAACCCAAAGUGUCGGGAUCCCACGCAAAUGACAUUUGCUCAAAGAUUGGGUUCUCGGACUGGAUUAGAGUUGAAGCAGUCGGCUUUAGUGGUGGCAUUUGGGUUUUUUGGAAAGACCCAGUGCGGAUAUCAGUCCUCCGAACUCACCCCCAGUUUAUUCUUAUGCAGGUAGUUUUGGGUGGUCACCCACCUUGGUACCUUGCCUCGGUCUACGGUAGUCCGGUGCACUAUCUGCGCCGGCGAUUGUGGAACGACCUUCGUCAAGCUGAAAAUAGCAUCACGGGCCCCUGGAUUGUUGCGGGGGAUUUCAACGCGGUUCUUGAUAGUGAAGAGACGAGCAAUUAUAGAUCUUUCUCUUCGCAUAGAAGCGCGGACUUCAGAAACUGGAUCCAAGACGAGGGACUCAUUGACCUGGACUUUUCAGGACCAAAACUCACUUGGGUCAAGAACGAAGCAGCGGAACGUGUCAAAGGCGCUCGGCUGGACCGGGCCUUAUGCAACACGGAUUGGCGUAUCUCUUUCCCAGGUGCGUGCGUUACUCAUUUAGUGCGACUUACUUCUGAUCACGAUCCUUUACUUUUGCAGGUUGAACAACAGCGGCAACGACUAUCCACAGCUCCGUUCUCCUUCCAGGCGGCCUGGCUUACCCGCACGGAUGUGCAUGACGUAGUAGGGAGGGCAUGGAAUUCAACCAGAGGGUUCGUGGACAAUACACUUUUCUUGGCAGGUGAGUUGGCGAAGUGGAACAAGGAGUCUUUCGGGAAUGUGUUUCAACGCAAGAAAGUCUUGAUGUCCCGAAUCAGUGGGGCUCAAAAGGCCUUGGCAGCAACUUACCACAAAGGCCUAGCGAAGCUGGAAUUAAAACUCAGGGAGGAACUUGAGCUCAUUCUCCAUCAAGAAGAGCUCUUUUGGUUUCAGAAGUCUAGGGAAGAUUGGAUCAAAAUCAAAAUCCAACUAAAGGACAUAAAAAAGGCUUGA